AACUAGGAACAAUCCGAGUAGAAACUCGAACACGAUCUUCACAUCCACAAUACAGCAGGAUGCGAUAGCUUAUAGCUUCACCAUGGCGACAAUGGAAAACCUAGAGCAAGUUUACAACGUCCCAAUCGUCGCCGAGAAAGGAAACGAACAUAGCGAUAGUGAAACCCUGAAUGAGGAACAGCAUUCAUAUAUCUUGAGAGGCCUCAACGAAGAGGAGGUUCGGCCCUGGUCGGAAUUCUGUGCCAGUGUCUUUUCCUACAAGGCGAAUCCUCCUCCGGCCGAAUACUUUUAUCGGCAUUACGCCAACGAUCCUUCUAGGGGCAGCAGCAAGCUCAUACGAGUAGCUCUGUACAACGGCAACAUCGUGGCCUCGUGCCGGAUAUUUCUGAGGACCAUUUCGAGCGGAAAAGGCCGCGGUGCUCGUGGGUUGAGGGCCGGCGGAAUAGGCGAGGUUUGCACCGCUGUGGAACACCGGCGAAGGGGCAUUUCUACGGCCCUGCUCAAGAGCACCAUCCCGAUCAUGAGGGAGCGGGGAUUGGAGGUUUCCUCCCUGCACGCCGCACCGGUAUUCUUCCCGCUCUACGAGUCCAUGGGGUACAGUCCUACCACGAGCGGAAACCAAUGGUCUUCGGUAGUGAUGACAAAAACGAGCACUUUGGCGAAUGGCAAUGACAAUGCUCCCAUUAUGCAAGAGAGCGAUCGGUGUGUAGUUCGACAGGCUCGUUUCCCCGGGGACACCGAGGCGUUGCAGGAGCUCCACGCACAAUAUUCCGAAGAGCGUUUGGCGGGAUGCCUGACACGCAGCAAGGACUACUGGACCAGAUAUCUAAGCCAGGAACUAGAGGGAUCAUUGUUUGUUCUGACGACGGGUCCCGCACCAAGGAGCGAGAAUGCAACAAAGGAUACAAAUGGCGAGACGAUUCUUGCGUGGCUCUCACUGCAGCAAUCUAAUUCAUCGUCUCCGAACAGGGAGGAGGGAUUCCCUUGCUUCCAAUUAAAGGAAUUUGGAAGGAACCUGUCAGCAGCGCCACCUGGGGGAUGUGCUAUUCCAACAGGUCUCGCACUAGGGACAUUAGUAGCACACGCUGCCGUGGCUUCCAAACCUUUCAGCGACCAGCCCUUUCGAGGCGCUUCGAACACCGCGACGGCAGCGGGGGGAACAACCGACGAGCUCACGGUACGGCUGAAGAUGCCGAGGUUUGUGAGAAACGAAAUUCGCAGCGACGACAAAACCGAGGACGCCGGCACGACCAAUGGCGUAUUUCGUUUUGAUUGGGAGUCGGAACGCACCGAAAAUGACAACGGUUGGAUGUACCGAUCGCUGGUCUCGCAACCAAAGGCCGACGGGGAAGAAACAAAAUCGUGUGACGUCUCUGAUUUCCUCGAGUUUGUUUGUGGCCAGGGCAGCAACCACAAAGCCAUUGCCAACCAAAAACUGCCAGCGGAGCACUUUGUUUGGCCGUCGGAUUCGUUUUGAGACUUCGCAUCAACAACCAGCACAAGAGGGAGGACAGGAGGAAACAACAAUGGCCAUGGGUAAUUUAUGUUG